AUUCCAGGAGAUGCUGGAUUAAAUUUGAUAAUAAGUGAUAUUACCUCUGGUGUCACACAGGACAAUUCUGAUGAUGAUGUGAUUGAAGUAGUAAGAGAUGAAGCCCCCAUUGAAAUAUUAUCAGAUGGAGAAGAAUAUGAAUUAAUUAAAAAGAAGCAUAACGAACAAUUUUCGGUAACAGAAAAUUUCCAAUUUUCAUCGCUUGUUAUUAAUGAAACAAAAGAGGAUUCCUUCCUCGAAAAAAUGGACACAAGUGAACCGGUCGAUCCUUUGAAAAGUUUUGAGGAGAGCGACAUUUUGAAUCAAAAUCCUGUGGAGCCUGCAGCUCCAGUGAUUCAUGCUGUUACAGUACCUGUAAUAGCGCAUUCCUCCUCCGUCGACAUUCCAAAAGAACCCACAAAAUCAGAUAUUGAAAAUAAUGUCGCAAAAAUAAGCAUUACUGAUAAAACAGAACUAAAUCAAAAUGACAAAACAAAGAAGGAUGAUUCAUCAAAACCAGAUAAAGUUGAUAAGGUGGAAUUCCCUAAACCAGACGAAAACAAAGUACAAACAUCUGUUCCAGACGAACCUCAAAAUGUACCCAAUGAUCAAGUGCCUAACAAAACUACUACAAACAAAGUUGGCUAACUGUUACUAUUAAAAGAUACUCUAAUUUUACUACUUUAUGAACACAUCGUAUUAAAAUAUCACAUAUUCGAUUUUUGUAAGCUUUGAAAUAACAAUUAAUAUUAACAUUUAAAUGUGCUAGAAGUUAUGCGUACCUAUUUUAGUUGAUUUGUGUGUAUUUAGUCUCAUUAAAGAAAUUAAUAAAUCAUACAUUAAACG